ACCUCUUACUUCUUCCUCCACCAACAAGUCAACUCAAAUCCUUCCCAAUUCGACCUAUCACCUCGUCCUCCUAAAGCAACCUCUCAUCAGCCAUGCGUCUCCUCAUCCUCAUCCUGACGCUGCUUUCAGUUGCAGCGGGCUUCACUCUGCAAAAGACCGAUGGUACUACGAUCGAGCUCGGCGAUGAGCCGAUGGUCAUCGACGGCAGCGAAGUGAUCAUGCCUCAGUAUAUCUUCGUUGCCGCGUCCCGCGUCAAGCUCAACGGUAUCUCCGAGGCUGCCGACGUCAGCACUGCAGGUACUGGCAAUCCUCUGGCUGCUGUCUAUCUCUACCAAGAACUCCACAGACAAGGUAGGCGAGCUAGUGCCUACCUAUGCUCUACAGGGAUGAGCGGUUGCCUAGCGGACGGCGCCUCUGAGCCAUGGGCUUCUUCGCUCACCCUACAAGUAUGUCCCGACGGCUCACCAAACGCGGCCAGGACAUUCUCAUGUUUCUUCUUCUCAACACCGACCUGCGACUAUACUUCUAGGUUUCUUUGGACGCGCACGUCUAUUGACGAACUCACGAAGGCGAAUCCGCGAUUCGAUGAGAUGAUGAGGUCUAUGCAGUGCUUCUGGGAUAAGAAUGAUCAUGUUGCUGGAGUCGAUGCUAGUUCUGAGCGCCACUCCGACAUCGAAACCUUCUCCGACAUCAGCACUGCAGACAUCAGCGCCUCCGAAGUCAGCGCCACAGAGCCGUUCAUGUUUGCCCUAUUUGACCAACCCAAAUACCAAGGUGACAGAAAAGUCGCCUACUCCUGCCGCGUGGGCGAUCAUGGCUGCAGGAAUAUUAGGGAGGACAAACUUUGGGCUUCCUCAGUCUCCUUAACGAGGUGUCCACCCGGCUAUAAUAAUGGGGACAGGCCGUUCACCUGCGACUUAUACCAGACGACCAGUUGCGAAGGUAACCCGUCGCACUCGACCCACGAAUCCAUUGGAAAUCUUGCUCUAUACGGAUUAGAUAACAAGAUCAAGUCUGUCGACUGCUACCUCCAAACACAACCAAAUUGAAGCUGGGAUAAUCACUGUAUGGCUGGUAUAUGGCUUAUCUGGUUCGAUCUUUGUCAGCCUUGGCUGCUCCAGGCGUUCUCUCAUGAAGCUGUUAGGAUGAUAUGGGCAUACACUGCAAAGUGCACAAGCACUCGCCACCAGGAAAGAUGGAAUGAGAUUCCUAAUGAUUCACUUUUGCUUAAAGCUCAUACCCCAAACAUCAUACUUCCCGCAAACACGAUAUACAAGGGAAAAUCCGAACACCCUGCAGUCUACAUCAACCUCAAGAAGAAACGUUAG